AUGGCCAGCAUCACCCAGCUGUUCGACGACCUGUGCGAGGCCCUCCUGCCGGCGGCCAGGGCUCACCUGGGCCAGCGCGGCCCGAGCCGCCGGCGGGCGAAGCAGAGCCUCAAGCGGGUGGCCUACAACGCCCUCUUCACGCACCUCUUCCAGGAGGAGCCUCCGGGGCGGCCGCCCGACCCCUCGAGGCUCCCGGUGAAGAACAAGAUCCUCAUGCUGUCAUUUGACCUGCGCGUGGGCGGCCUGGGGCCCGAGGCCGACCGCUUGGAGGCGCUGGUGGAGCAGCUCGAGGCGGCCCCUGGCUGCCCGCUGGCGGAGCUGGACUCGGCCCUGGACCUGCUGGUCCGGCUGGCGGGCACCGGGCCCCCGCAGCCACUGCCCCGCCGGCGGGACUACUUCCUGAACAACAAGCACGUGGGGAGGAACGUGCCCUACGGCGGCUACGACUGCUACGACCUGAGCGUGUUUGAGAUGGACGUGCAGUCGCUGAUCUCCAGAGAGGAGUACUUGUGCCAGGACAUGAUCCAGAAAGCGCUUCAGGUGAUGGAGGCGACGCCGGGCACCGGCCUGCCCACCGCCCGCCUCUUCUCCUACGGAGACCUUUGUGGUGACAGGUUCGAGAGAGACACCCGCGUCUCGCUGUUCGGAGCCCUCGUGCACAGCCGCACCUACGACAUGGAUGUCCGGCUGGACUUGCCCCCCGUGCCGGACAGCGCAGACCUCUCUGGGCUGGCCAUCAAGGUGCCUCAGAGCGUGGAUCCGUCUGAAGACGAAGGGUUCCAGUCGGCAUCCAAUCUGACUCCCGACUCCCAGUCUGAGCACGGCACGACCCCGGAGAUCGACCCGUGGGACGCGGUGCUCACCUAUGAGGCCAGCAGGCGGCGGUGCUGGGAGCAGGUCGGCUGCCCGCCAGGCCACAGAGAAGAGCCCUACCUUACGGAGGCGGGAAGGGACGCCUUCGACAGCUUCUGCAGGCUGUGCUGCGGGGAGCUGCAGGCGCUGGGCGGGGGCCCGCCGGCCGCGCAGCCCCUGAUGGUGCCGGAGUGCGAGCUGGUGAAGGACGUGCUGAAUGUCUUGAUUGGGGUCAUGUCGGCCACGUUUCCCCUCUGCCAGCCGGCCCAGGCCUUCGGGGUGAAGCAGGGCACCCACGUGUCGGGAACGUCGCCGGAGAGCAUCAGCAGCCUCCUCUCGGAGGUGGCCAUGUGCGGGACCCACUACGCCCGCCUGAGCCACUUCUCCCUGCAGCCCGUGCUGGACGCCUCCUGCAGCAAGGGCCUCGUGUUCCAGGCCUUCACCAGCGGCCUGAGAAGGUACCUGCAGUAUUACCGGGCGUGUGUGCUCUCCACCCCGCCCACUCUGAGCCUCCUCACCAUUGGCUUUCUCUUCAAGAAGCUGGGCCGGCAGCUCAGGUACCUGGCUGAGCUCUGUGGUGUGGGCACCUGCGGAGGAGAGUCCCAGGCCCCCUUCCCCACGGGCGUGAAGCUGCUCUCCUACCUCUACCAGGAGGCCCUGGACAACUGCAGCAACGAGCACUACCCGGUGCUGCUGUCGCUGCUCAAGACCAGCUGCGAGCCCUACACCCGGUUCAUCUACGACUGGGUGUACAGUGGGGUCUUCAGAGACGUGUACGGCGAGUUCAUGAUCCAGGUGAACCACGACUACCUGGGCUUCAGAGACAAGUUUUACUGGACCCACGGCUACGUGCUCCUCGCCAAGGAGGCCGAGGACUGUGUGCCCGCCUUCCUGAAGCACAUCGCCCACGACGUGUACGUCUGUGGGAAGACCAUCAACCUGCUGAAGCUCUGCUGCCCCCAGCAUUAUAUCUGCUGGUCCGACGUCCCCGUGCCCCGGAUCUCGGUGAUUUUCUCCCUUGAGGAGCUGAAGGAGAUUGAGAAGGACUGUGCCAUCUACGUGGGAAGGAUGGAGAGGGUGGCGCGUCACAGCUCCAUCAGCAAGGAGGAGAAGGAAUUACGAAUGGAGAUUGCGAAGCAAGAGUUAAUCGUCCAGGCCCGAGAAGCGGCGUCCAGGGUCCUGAGUGCACUGAGCGACCGGCAGAUGUCGGAACGGAUGGCCUUGGAUGCUCGGAAGCGAGAGCAGUUUCAGAGGCUGAAGGAGCAGUUUGUGAAGGACCAGGAGCGACGCCGGGCAGCCCGGCAGGAGGAGCUGGAUGAUGACUUCAGCUACGCCCGAGAGCUCCGGGCCCGGGAACGGAGGCUGCAGGCCCUGGAGGAGCAGCUGGAGAGGAAGGCGAGGCAGGCGCUGGUUGACCAUUAUAGCAAGUUGUCUGCAGAGGCAGCUCGUCGGGAGCAGAAGGCGUUGUGGAAGAUCCAGAGGCACAGGCUCGCGAGCACGCGAGCUCGCUUUCUCUUAGAAGAUGAGGAGCACAUUCAGGCCAUGCUGAGAGACGCGUCCGAGGGGAGGCCCCCAGAGCCGCCGGCGGUGUGCCCCAGUGCAUGCUCCCAGGCCUCGUCUCUGGGCCCUGGGCACCCUGAUGGAGGUGGCAGCUGUGAUUCUGGGUCUGCAGAGCAGCAUGUGGCUGCCUGGGAUGGCCUAGGCCGGCCAAGGGAGCUGAUGCCGCAGCUCCUCGCGCCCCCAGCACUGGGGGCCUGCAGCGGCUCGGAGCUGGGAGCAGGCCUGCAGCCAGGGCAGGCCCAGGGGCCGGGGCUGUUCUCUGCAGGCCUCAGUAUCCAAGAUUUCCUGACCACGGGCCCGGCUGCUAAGCAGCCUGAGGACACUGGGGUGGCCCCUGUCUUGGAGGAGGCCCUGCAGACCAUCGGUUCAGAUUUGCGUGCCUCUGCUUCAUCAGCCACAACGGGCUGCUCUGGGCCACAGGAGUACGAUUUCAGAACUGUCCUGAGGCCAGCUCUGGUCACCUCGGCCCCAGAGACCCUCCAGACUAUGGGAGGCAGCUUAGGCUGCGAGGGGCCGCAGCUGAGGGGAGACACUCACGUGUGUACGCUGGACACCAGUGUCCCAGAUGGGCAGGUGGCUCUGCCUCACCCAUGCCUACCCAGGAAUAGCCUCCCCCAGGAGGGGAGUAGCCAGGCCAUGGGGCAGCCUCUUGGGCAUGUGUCUGAGGGUAGUAGUCUCACAGGGAGUUAUACUUCUGGAACGGCCCCUUCCCGGCCACGCUGGAAUGUCCACGGACACGUGUCUGAUGCCAGCAUCAAGGUGGGGGAGAACGUGUGGGACGUGGCAUCCUCCAGGCCACACUGGAAUGCCCAUGGACACGUGUCUGAUGCCAGCAUCAAGGUGGGGGAGAACGUGUGGGACGUGGCACCCUCCAGGCCACGGUGGAACAUCCAUGGACACGUGUCUGAUGCCAGCAUCAAGGUGGGCGAGAACGUGUGGGACGUGGCAUCCUCCAGGCCACGCUGGAAUGCCCAUGGACACGUGUCUGAUGCCAGCAUCAAGGUGGGGGAGAACGUGUGGGACGUGGCACCCUCCAGGCCACGCUGGAAUGCCCAUGGACACGUGUCUGAUGCCAGCUUCAAGGUGGGGGAGAACGUGUGUGACGUGGCACCCUCCCGGCCACAGUGGAACGUCCACGGACACGUGUCUCAGUCCCACAUGAUGCUGGGAGCGCCCCUAGGGGAAACCCAGCAUGAUACACCCAGGCCCCUUCAGAGCUCCCCCGACCACAUGUCCCAGCCAGCCCUCAGCCUGGGCACCCAGAGCUCUACCUGGGAACACAGUUCACAGCUGUCGGCAGAACCGGCCGCGGCCGGCUCCUGCACGCCGGUGGCUGGCUCUGGGGAAGAAGGUGGCCUCCAGGCCCUGCCAGGUGCUGAGGCGGGAUCCAGUGCUGUGGGAGGCAGCACCUGUGAGCCAGGCCCAGGGAGGAGCGGAGACACCGAGGACAGCUCUUCCAGUCAGCCUGCAGGCUCUCAGGAAUGUGCAGCCACCCCGAGCCUAGAAGAGGAGGCGGCGGACAGGCGCCAGGACAGGGAGCAGGCCUACCUGGCAGGCCUGGUGGAGCAGUACCAGCUGGAGCAGUACCCGGACAGCUAUGAGGCCAUGUCAGAGCCUCCGGUGGCAUGCCUCCUACACCAUGGGCUUCCCCGGGCCUUCUCCCUCCCCGAAGACACCCGGGGCCCGUCGGACACGGAGGAGACCACGGAGGAGACCGCCGUGCAGCUGAGUGAGCUGCUGCCGCUGCCUGUUCUCAUGAAGCACUCGGUCACUGCGCCGCUGGCCGCCCACGUGUCCCUGGUGAACAAGGCUGCCGUGGACUACUUCUUCGUGGAGCUGCAGCUGGAGGCGCACUUCGAGGCGCUGCGGCACUUCCUGCUGAUGGAGGACGGCGAGUUCGCGCAGUCCCUGAGCGACUUGCUCUUUGAGAAGCUGGGCGCAGGGCAGACGCCCGGGGAGCUCCUCAACCCGCUGGUGCUCAACGCGGUGCUGCGCAAGGCGCUGCAGUACAGCUUGCACGGCGACUCCCCGCUCGCCGCCAACCUCUCCUUUGCCCUCAAGUUCCUGCCAGAGGCCUUUGUCCCCAACGCCCCGGACGUGCUGAGCUGCCUGGAGCUCAGGUACAAGGUUGACUGGCCCCUCAACAUCGUCAUCACCGAGAGCUGCCUGAGCAGGUACAGCGGCAUCUUCUCCUUCCUGCUGCAGCUGAAGCUCAUGAUGUGGACGCUCAAGGACGUCUGUUUUCACCUGAAGCGCACAGCUCUCGUGAGCCCCGCGGCUGGCUCCGUGCAGUUCCGACAGCUGCAGCUCUUCAAACACGAGAUGCAGCACUUCGUGAAGGUCAUCCAGGGCUACAUCGCCAACCAGAUCCUGCACGUCACCUGGUGUGAGUUCCGGGCCCGGCUGGCCACAGUGGGGGACCUCGAGGAGAUCCAGCGCGCCCACGCCGAGUACCUGCACAAGGCCGUCUUCCGGGGCCUGCUGACAGAGAAGGCGGCUCCCGUCAUGAACAUCAUCCACAGCGUCUUCAGCUUGGUCCUCAAGUUCCGCAGCCAGCUCAUCUCCCAGCCCUGGGGCCCAGCCGGCGGCCCCCACGGCGCUGAACACCCCAACUUUGCCCUCAUGCAGCAGUCCUACAACACCUUCAAGUACUACUCCCACUUCCUUUUCAAAGUGGUGACCAAGCUGGUGAACCGAGGCUACCAGCCCCACCUGGAGGACUUCCUGCUGCGCAUCAACUUCAACAACUACUACCAGGAUGCCUAG